AUGCCGAAGGCCGUUUUUAGGGAGUUGUACGUGGCCCAGAUGAGCAAUGUCAGCAUCCUCUUCGCGGACAUCGUCGGGUUCACAAAGAUGAGCUCCAAUAAGACUGCUGAGAACCUCGUUGACAUUUUGAAUGAUCUCUUUGGAAGGUUCGAUAAGAUAUGCCUAGAUUCCGGCUGUGAGAAGAUAAGCACCCUCGGUGAUUGUUACUACAGCGUAUCCGGGUGCCCGGAGCCCAGGAUCGAUCAUGCCAGUUGUUGCGUCCUGAUGGGACUUCUCGUUUGUAGGGCUAUCGUUCAGUUUGAUAAGGUUGAAUAG